AUGUGGGGCGCCAACCACAGUGUGCUCUCCGGGUUUGUUCUGCUGGGUUUCUCCGACCGGCCGCGGCUGGAGCAGGCCCUCUUUGGGGUCAUCUUGCUCCUUUACCUCAUGGCCCUCCUGGGGAACUCCGCCAUCGUCCUGGUGUCCCGCCUCGACCCCAGGCUGCACACGCCCAUGUACUUCUUCCUCUCCCACCUCUCCCUGCUGGACCUCUGCUUCACCAGUGGUAUCCUUCCUCAGCUGCUGGUCCACCUGCGGGGCUCAGAUAAGUCCAUCUCCUACGGCGGCUGUGUGGUCCAGCUCUGCGUCUCCCUGGCCCUGGGCUCCACAGAGUGUGUCCUCCUGGCCAUCAUGUCCUACGAUCGCUACGUGGCCGUCUGCCGCCCGCUGCACUACGCUCUUGUCAUGCACCCCCGCCUCUGUCACUCCCUGGCGGCCGCGGCGUGGCUCAGCGGGGUGGCCACUACCCUGGUGCAGUCCACUCUGACCCUGCAGCUGCCCUUCUGUGGGCAUCGCCGCGUGGACCACUUCUUCUGUGAGGUCCCUGUGCUCCUCAAGCUGGCCUGCGGGGACACCACUUUCAACGAGGCUGAGCUGUUUGUGGCCAGCGUCCUGUUCCUGGUGCUGCCUCUGUCCCUCAUCCUGGUCUCCUACGGCCACAUCGCCCAGGCAGUGCUGAGGACCAGGUCGGCUGCUGGCAGGCGCAAGGCCCUGGGCACCUGCUCCUCCCACCUGCUGGUGGUCACCCUCUUCUACGGGACCAUCAUCUUCAUGUACCUGCAGCCGGCCCGCAGCCGCUCCCGGGACCAGGGCAAGUUUGUGUCCCUGUUCUACACGGUGGUGACGCCCAUGCUCAACCCUCUGAUCUACACGCUGAGGAACCAGGAGGUGAAGGCAGCGCUGAGGAGGGUCCUGGGGAAGGUUCUGGGACUUCAUGAGUGA